GACUCCGGCGGGUCACAUGACUCCAGCCUAGCGUGUAGCUCGCACUGCGGCUCCCGCCCGGGCGACUUCUCGCCCCCGCGCGGCCGUUGCCGAGGAGACGGCGCAUGUUCCGCCGCGCGUUGCCCCCUCUGCAGUCCCCCCGCCCCGCUUCUCCCACCACAAUGAGAUCCUAAGAUGGCGGUGGCUGCGGCGGUUGGCGCUGCGUAGCUGAGGUCGAAAAGGCGGCCAUUGGCGCCAAGGCAGCCAAGAAACGUGUGGGCCUCUCUGCUGCGGUUUCCAAGGGCUGACCGCUGCCGGUGGCGGGUCGUGGGGGCUGACCGCCGCUCCGCCCUUGACAGGAGAGGCUGCUGCAUGUAGAGGAAACAGCUUUGAAGUGUGGAGUGGGAAAGGAGCAGUUUCUGAGCUGCAAAAACUAGUUUCUAAACAGCACCCCUUCAACCUGUACAAUUCCACAGCUAGUGGAAAUCCAAAGUCUUCCGCAAGAUUAUGCAGAAAUAUUAUUUUCUGAUGAUCAUCUCUGCCUUUGAACCUCUACUUCCACCAUUGCUACUGCUUUUUCUCAUCUCUUUGAUCCAGAGAGUUAAUUGUUAAAGCCAGUAUGGCCACAGGAGGAGGUCCUUUUGAAGAUGGCAUGAAUGAUGAGGAUUUACCAAAUUGGAGCAAUGAGAAUGUUGAUGACAGGCUCAACAAUAUGGAUUGGGGUGGCCAACAGAAGAAAGCAAAUAGAUCAUCAGAAAAGAAUAAGAAAAAGUUUGGUGUAGAAAGUGAUAAAAGAGUAACUAAUGAUAUUUCUCCGGAGUCGUCACCAGGAGUUGGAAGGCGAAGGACGAAGGCUCCACAUACAUUUCCACACAGUAGAUACAUGAGUCAGAUGUCUGUUCCAGAGCAGGCAGAAUUAGAGAAACUGAAACAGCGGAUAAACUUCAGUGAUUUAGAUCAGAGAAGCAUUGGAAGUGAUUCUCAAGGUAGAGCAACAGCUGCUAACAACAAACGUCAACUUAGUGAAAACCGAAAGCCCUUCAACUUUUUGCCUAUGCAGAUUAAUACUAACAAGAGCAAAGAUACAUCUACAAGUCCCCCAAACAGAGAAACGAUUGGAUCAGCACAAUGUAAAGAGUUGUUUGCUUCUGCUCUAAGUAAUGACCUCUUGCAAAACUGUCAGGUGUCUGAAGAAGAUGGGAGGGGAGAACCUGCAAUGGAGAGCAGCCAGAUUGUAAGCAGGCUUGUUCAAAUUCGUGAUUAUAUUACUAAAGCUAGUUCCAUGAGGGAAGAUCUUGUAGAGAAAAAUGAGAGAUCUGCUAAUGUUGAGCGCCUUACUCAUCUAAUAGAUCACCUUAAAGAACAAGAGAAGUCAUAUAUGAAAUUUCUUAAAAAAAUCCUUGCUAGAGAAAAUGAGGAGGAGGAUGUUCGGACUAUAGAUUCAGCUGUGGGAUCUGGUUCUGUAGCUGAGAGCACAUCGCUAAACAUAGAUGUGCAGUCUGAGGCUUCAGAUACCACGGCCAGAGAUCCUCAGCAAGAGCCUGUGGAAGAGAUAGAAAAUUUGAAGAAACAACAUGAUUUAUUAAAAAGAAUGUUACAACAACAGGAGCAACUAAGAGCUCUACAGGGACGGCAGGCUGCGCUUCUAGCUCUGCAACAUAAAGCAGAGCAAGCUAUUGCAGUGAUGGAUGAUUCUGAAAAGGUUGCAGGGACAACUCCUGGCCAUCAUACUAUACCAUGCAGACAGCCAGAUCGCUCUUCUUUUCAUCAGAGAGUACCCUUAAGAGUUGCAGAAACCGCAGGUAGCUUAUCUGGCGUCAGUAUCACAUCUGAACUAAAUGAAGAACUGAAUGACUUAAUUCAGCGUUUUCAUAAUCAGCUUCGUGAUUCUCAGCCUCCAGCUGUUCCAGACAAUAGAAGACAGGCAGAAAGUCUUUCAUUAACUAGGGAGGUUUCCCAGAGCAGGAAUCCAUCAGCUUCAGAACGUUUACCUGAUGAGAAAGUCCAAUUGUUUAGCAAAAUGAGAGUGCUGCAGGAAAAGAAACAAAAAAUGGACAAAUUGCUUGGAGAACUUCAUACACUUCGAGAUCAGCAUCUUAACAAUUCAUCAUCCUCUCCACAAAGGAGUAUGGAUCAGAGAAGUACUUCAGCUCCCUCUGCUCCUGUAGGCUUGGCACCGGUUGUCAAUGGAGAGUCCAGUAGCCUUAAAUCAUCUGGUCCUUAUCCUGCUGCUUCUUUAGUCUCUCAGAAUGAGAGUGAAAAUGAAGUCCAUCUCAAUCCAUCUGAAAAACUCCAAAAGUUAAAUGAAGUUCGAAAGAGAUUGAAUGAGCUAAGAGAAUUAGUUCAUUAUUAUGAACAAACAUCAGACAUGAUGACAGAUGCUGUGAAUGAAAACAGGAAAGAUGAAGAAACUGAAGAGUCAGAAUAUGAUUCUGAGCAUGAAAAUUCUGAGCCUGUUACUAACAUUCGAAAUCCACAAGUAGCUUCCACUUGGAAUGAAGUAAAUAGUAAUAGUAAUGUACAAUGUGUUUCUAAUAAUAGAGAUGGGAGAACAGUUAAUUCUAAUUGUGAAAUUAACAACAGAUCUGCUGCCAACAUAAGGGCUCUAAAUGUGCCUCCUUCUUUAGCAGAUUGUCGAUAUAAUAGAGAAGGAGAACCGGAGAUUCAUGUUGCACAAGGUGAAGAUGAUGAGGAAGAGGAGGAAGAAGCAGAAGAGGAGGGAGUCAGUGGAGCUUCGUUAUCUAGUCACAGGAGCAGUCUGGUUGAUGAGCAUCCGGAAGAUGCUGAAUUUGAACAGAAGAUCAACAGACUUAUGGCUGCAAAACAGAAACUUAGACAGUUACAAGAUCUUGUUGCUAUGGUACAGGAUGAUGAUGCAGCUCAAGGAGUUAUCUCUGGUAAUACAUCAAAUUUGGAUGACUUCUACCCAGCAGAAGAAGACACCAAGCAAAAUUCAAAUAACCCUAGAGAAAAUGCCAAUAAAACACAGAAAGAUAUGGGAGUAAAUGAAAAGACGAGAGAGAAAUUUUAUGAGGCUAAACUACAGCAGCAACAGAGAGAGCUAAAACAGUUGCAGGAAGAAAGAAAGAAACUGAUUGACAUUCAGGAGAAAAUUCAAGCAUUGCAAAUGGCAUGCCCUGACUUACAGCUGUCAGCUGCUAGUGCGGGUAAUUGUCCCACCAAAAAAUAUAUGCCAGCUGUUACUUCCACCCCAACUGUUAAUCAACACGAGACCAGUACAAGCAAAUCUGUUUUUGAGCCUGAAGAUUCUUCAGUAGUAGAUAAUGAGCUGUGGUCAGAAAUGAGAAGACAUGAAAUGUUGAGGGAAGAGUUGCGACAGAGAAGAAAGCAGCUUGAAGCUCUGAUGGCUGAACAUCAGAGGAGGCAAGGUCUAGCUGAAACUGCAUCUCCAGUGGCUGUGUCAUUGAGAAGUGAUGGAUCUGAGAAUCUAUGUACUCCUCAGCAAAGUAGAACAGAAAAAACAAUGGCAACUUGGGGAGGGUCUACCCAGUGUGCACUAGAUGAAGAAGGAGAUGAAGACGGUUACCUUUCUGAAGGAAUUGUUCGGACAGAUGAAGAGGAGGAAGAAGAGCAAGAUGCCAGUUCCAACGAUAACUUUUCUGUGUAUCCUUCUAACAGUGUGAAUCAUAACUCCUACAGUGGAAAGGAAACUAAAAAUAGGUGGAAGAACAAUUGCCCUUUUUCAGCAGAUGAAAAUUACCGUCCUUUAGCCAAGACAAGGCAACAGAAUAUCAGCAUGCAACGGCAAGAAAACCUUCGUUGGGUGUCAGAGCUGUCUUAUGUAGAAGAGAAAGAACAAUGGCAAGAACAAAUCAAUCAGCUGAAGAAACAGCUUGAUUUUAGUGUCAAUAUUUGUCAGACUUUGAUGCAAGACCAGCAGACUCUAUCUUGUCUGCUACAAACUCUUCUCACGGGUCCUUACAGUGUUAUGCCCAGCAAUGUUGCAUCUCCUCAAGUACACUUCAUAAUGCACCAGUUGAACCAGUGCUAUACUCAGCUAACAUGGCAACAGAAUAAUGUUCAGAGGUUGAAACAAAUGUUAAAUGAGCUUAUGCGCCAACAAAAUCAGCCUCCAGAAAAACCUGGAAGCAAGGAAAGAGGCAGUAGUGCAUCGCACCCUCCUUCUCCCAGUCUAUUUUGUCCUUUCAGCUUUCCAACACAGCCUGUAAAUCUCUUCAGUAUACCUGGAUUUACUAACUUUUCAUCAUUUGCACCAGGUAUGAAUUUCAGCCCUUUAUUUCCUUCUAAUUUUGGAGAUUUUUCUCAGAAUAUCUCUACACCCAGUGAACAGCAGCAACCCUUAGUCCAGAAUUCUUCAGGAAAAACAGAAUAUAUGGCUUUUCCAAAACCUUUUGAAAGCAGUUCCUCUAUUGGAGCAGAGAAACCAAGGAAUAAAAAACUGCCUGAAGAGGAGGUGGAAAGCAGUAGGACACCAUGGUUAUAUGACCAAGAAGGUGAAGUAGAGAAACCGUUUAUCAAGACUGGAUUUGCAGUGUCUGUAGAAAAAUCUACAAAUAGUAACCGCAAAAAUCAAGUAGAUACAAACGGAAGAAGACGCCAAUUUGAUGAAGAAUCAUUGGAAAGCUUUAGCAGUAUGCCUGAUCCAGUAGAUCCAGCAACAGUGACUAAAACAUUCAAGACAAGAAAAGCAUCUGCACAGGCCAGCCUGGCAUCUAAAGAUAAAACUCCCAAGUCAAAAAUUAAGAAGAGGAAUUCUACUCAGCUGAAGAGCAGAGUUAAAAACAUCAGGUAUGAAAGUGCCAGUAUGUCUAGCACAUGUGAACCUUGCAAAAGUAGGAACAGACAUUCAGCCCAGACUGAAGAGCCUGUUCAAGCAAAAGUAUUCAGCAGAAAGAAUCAUGAGCAACUGGAAAAAAUAAUAAAAUGUAAUAGGUCUACAGAAAUAUCUUCAGCACAUGCUAGGAGAAUACUACAGCAGUCUAACAGAAAUGCAUGCAAUGAACCACCAGAAACUGGGAGUGAUUUUUCCAUGUUUGAAGCUUUGCGAGAUACUAUUUAUUCUGAAGUAGCUACGUUAAUUUCUCAAAAUGAAUCUCGUCCACAUUUUCUUAUUGAACUCUUCCAUGAGCUUCAGCUACUUAAUACAGACUACUUGAGACAGAGGGCUUUAUAUGCAUUGCAGGACAUAGUAUCCAGACAUAUUUCUGAGAGCCAUGAAAAAGGAGAAAAUGUAAAGUCAGUAAACUCUGGUACUUGGAUAGCGUCAAACUCAGAACUUACUCCUAGUGAGAGCCUUGCUACUACUGAUGAUGAAACUUUUGAGAAGAACUUUGAAAGAGAAACACAUAAAAUAAGUGAGCAGAAUGAUGCUGAUAAUGCUAGUGUCCUGUCUGUAUCAUCAAAUUUUGAGCCUUUUGCAACAGAUGAUCUAGGUAACACCGUGAUUCACUUAGAUCAAGCAUUAGCCAGAAUGAGGGAAUAUGAGCGCAUGAAGACUGAGGCUGAAAGUAACUCAAAUAUGAGAUGCACCUGCAGGAUUAUGGAGGCUGAAGAUGGUGCUGGUGCAAGUACUACAGUUAAUAAUUUAGAAGAAACUCCCAUUAUUGAAAAUCAUAGUUCACAACAACCUGUAAGUGAAGUUUCUACUGUCCCAUGUCCUAGAAUUGAUACUCAGCAGCUGGACCGGCAAAUUAAAGCAAUUAUGAAAGAAGUCAUUCCCUUUUUGAAGGAUUUUUCUCAGGAGCACAUGGAUGAAGUAUGCUCCUCGCAGCUUUUAACUUCAGUAAGGCGCAUGGUUUUGACCCUUACCCAGCAAAAUGAUGAGAGCAAAGAAUUUGUAAAGUUCUUUCAUAAACAGCUUGGAAGUAUAUUACAGGAUUCACUGGCAAAAUUUGCUGGCAGAAAACUGAAAGACUGUGGAGAAGAUCUUCUUGUAGAGAUAUCUGAAGUGUUGUUCAAUGAAUUGGCUUUCUUUAAGCUUAUGCAAGAUUUGGAUAAUAAUAGUAUAACUGUUAAACAGAGAUGCAAAAGGAAAAUAGAAGCAGCUGGAGUGAUACAGUCUUACGCCAAAGAGGCCAAAAGGAUUCUUGAAGAUCAUGGCUCACCUGCUGGAGAGAUUGAUGAUGAAGACAAAGACAAGGAUGAAACUGAAACAGUUAAGCAGACUCAAACAUCUGAGGUGUAUGAUGGUCCCAAAAAUAUAAGAUCUGAUAUUUCUGAUCAAGAGGAAGAUGAAGAAAGUGAAGGAUGUCCAGUGUCUAUUAAUUUGUCUAAAGCUGAAACUCAGGCUUUAACUAAUUAUGGAAGUGGAGAAGAUGAAAAUGAGGAAGAAGAAAUGGAAGAAUUUGAAGAAGGCCCCGUGGAUGUCCAGACUUCCCUUCAGGCUAACACUGAAGCUACCGAAGAAAAUGAACAUGAUGAACAGGUCCUACAACAUGACUUUCAGAAGACAGCAGAAAGCAGAAAUGUCCCAUUGGAACAAGAAGCCACUAGUAAAGAUGACCAAGAUAACUCUCCUGGGAAACCCUGUUACCUCAAUAUCUUGGAAGAUGAGCAACCUUUAAAUAGUGCUUCCCAUAGGGACUCACCUGCUACUGUUGAUUCAACUCCAGAGCCUAACCCUUUGCCGUUACCUUUACCUGAAAUGCAACCUUUAGUGCCUAGAGUCAAAGAAGUUAAAUCUGCUCAGGAAACUCCUGAAAGCUCUCUGGCUGGAAGUCCUGAUACUGAAUCUCCAGUGUUAGUGAAUGACUAUGAAUUGAUCAUAUUGAAACUCACUCUUAUACCAACCCAGACCUUUCUGAAGUACCCAGAUGUUUGUGGACUUAUUACUCAACUGACAAAGGGAAGAUUAAAAGUGGAAGCAGAAUCUGGUAAUAUAAGUCAAAAGUCUGAUGAAGAAGAUUUUGUAAAAGUUGAAGAUUUACCACUGAAACUGACAAUAUAUUCAGAGGCAGAUAUAAGGAAGAAAAUGGUAGAAGAAGAACAGAAAAACCAUUUAUCGGGUGAAAUAUGUGAACUGCAGACUGAAGAAUUAGCUGGAAAUUCUCAGACACUAAAAGAACCCGAAACGGUGGGAGCCCAGAGUAUAUGAGAUGUCUUCAGAGGCUCAUCUAACUCUGUCUUUACAGUCAGUGCAUAUAUGAAAACAAUACUAAAUAAACAUCUGAUCUGUAUAAAAAUGUAAAUUAGUUUGACACUGCUUUUUUGAUAGGUAUGGUCAUUUCUCCCCAUAGUAGUUUAAAACAUCAGAAACUGAAUUCUGGACAGAUUUAAGCCUUGACACACUGUGGUGUUUUUUUUUGUUUUUGUUUUUUUUCCUUCUUUGGUCUUGAUUUUUUUCCCCAUUGUGAUGUUUGGUAACGAAUUUAAAAUGUAGUUUUAAAUAAAGUUUGGACUUAUCUAUAAAGUAUCUUUUUUGGAAAUUAUGUUGAAUUCUAUACAGCAAGUCAAUGUUUUAUAUAAUUUUAGGCUGCUAAGAGCAGUGGUUGAGAGAAAUAUAUUAUUUGUUAUAAAGCCCAUCUAUUAGGCCAGUCUUCCAAAUAAUGCCAGUGUUGCUGCUGUUGGGUCUGAUGUUGUUUUAGAUACCUGCAGCUCCUACUCCUGUACAAGAAUAGGGCAGAUUAUCAAGGUAUCCAGGAUACCUGUGAAGUUACAGAAUAUUUAUUAAUCCACUGAAAUUGGAUAGUAAGUUUAGAACAUAGGUUUUCAGUAUCUGGAACUUAACUUACAUCAUUAUCUGUUAGGAUCUGAAAUUCUGGAAAAUAUUUAUCUAUAUCACCUCAGUUUAAAAGUGGGGAAAAAAAGAGCUUUAUAUACUUAGGGAGAUUUCUGCACAGAGAAGUAACAUUGUGAUUAAUUUUAAAUGAAAAACUUAACUUUUUCAAGUGGGGAUAAGUAGAACUAAAUUUCUAUAAUAAAAUAGUAAGAUUCUAUAUGUCUUCUGAUAAACUUGGCUAUUGAGAUGGUAACUUAAAGCCAAAGCAUAGCAGUUUCUUUUGUGUGUAGUGAGGUUGAAGCAGAUUUGCAGGUGAAGUAUUGAAAGCUUAUGUGACUUGAAGUAAAUCAGCUUUGAAAGGUGAUUUACUUUUUAUCCCAGAUUGUCCAUAUACCCAGCAAAGCUUCAAAAAACCAGAUAACAAUGAGUUAGUCAACCUUAUAGAUUCUUCCUCGAAUAAAAUACGAAGAAUUAGUUCCAAUAAGUAUUUUAACUUCAUUAACAACUGAAAUACCCCAUAAAAAAAGAACUUGUUGAGUAUUCCUUUAAAAUUGUUACUUGCUGCCCAGGCACCAUGGCUCACUCCUGUAAUCCCAGCACUUUGGGAGGCCGAGGCGGGCAAAUCAUGAGGUCAAGAGAUCGAGACCAUCUUGGCCAACAUGGUGAAACCCCAUCUCUACUAAAAAUACAAAAAUUAGCUGGGAGAGGUGGCGCACACCUGUACUCCCAGCUGCUUGGGAGCCUGAGGCAGAAGAAUAGGUUGAACCUGGGAGGUGAAGGUUGCAGGUUGCAGUGAGCCGAGAUCAUGCCACUGCACUCCAGCCUGGUGACAGAGCGAGACUCCGUCUUUAAAAAAAAAAAAAAAAAAAGUUGCUGUAUACCUCAGUGUAAUGUCCAUUCAAGGAGUAUUAAAUGAGGAUUUCUCUACGAGGACAUUUACUGUAUUGCUACUUAAAUUAUGGAAGACAGUGUAUCUUCAACUUUAAUCAACCCUAUUCAGAAAAUUACCAAUUCAGAAUUAGAAGUUCUUAUCCAGGUGCUCUAACUUCAGGGAAAUUGGAACAAUAUGUUAUGUUACAUGCAUACUCAAAUUCUUUAUUUUCUAGACUUUAAGCAGGAAAGGGUAAAUACUUUGUUUUGGUACUCAAGCCAAGCCUUACAUAUUGUCUCUCUCUCUCUCUCUGCAUGCAUAUUAAAGUGAAAAAAUUGUAUUUAUAUCUUAGUUAUUACCAUAGUACCUACAAACCUUAUCAAAAUUGCUUAUUUGACUUGUGUUAUAGCUGCCAUUAAUCUGAGUCUACUGUUUUUCUAUUUUAGUAGAUAAUUUAGUUUUAAAAUACCUAGGGUUUGAGAGCAGAUAUAUUUAUUUAAUCUGUUUAGUAAACUAUUGCUGAAGGGUUAGGCAUUUAAUAUUCCUAUUUGUCCUAAUUUUGAAGUUAAAAAUUUUGGUUACAGAUAGAGGGAGAAAAGGUCAAACUGAGUGAGAGAGAAUUUUAUGCAGGUUGAGAUAAUGCCUAAAAUUAUCUGGCCGGACUGUUGAGGUAUUCUUUGUAUUUUGUAACACUGACUUUGGGUAAAUGCUUUUUCACUGGUAAUAAAUAUGUAUCCUGUAUACAA